AUGAUGUUAAUAUACCAACCAAUAGGAUCAAUUAUACCGGAAUAUCCAAUAAACAGACAAUCGAAUCACUAUGACAUAUCAUUGAACAACAACAAGGAUAAUAAUAAUAGUAACAAUUCGCAAAAUGAUCUAUUAGAAAAUUCUUAUCAUCAUCAUUUAGAGAAGGAUGAAAACUUGAAACAUUAUAAAAGCCGCAGUCCACGUAUUCCAUUUACACGUGAUCAAAUAUUUGGAUUAGAGAGGAAAUUUCAAAAAUCAAAAUAUUUAAGUGGAUGGGAAGUGAAACAACUGGCGAUAAAUUUAAAUCUAACUGAGACAAGGGUUAAAAUCUGGUUUCAGAAUCGUCGAGCGAGAGAACGUCGUGAUUCUUUGGAAAUGAAUUUAUAUUCAGACAGUACUAGUGAAUCUGCGAAAAUGAACUACAGUCCCUUACAGUAUUCUCUACCCAAACAAGGUAAUUAUACUACAUCCUUACAGAAUGGAUUGAAUUCAAUACAAGAUAACAAACAACAAAUUGAUGUCAUACCUCAGAAUGUAACUGUUCCUCCUAAUUCCUGUAUAACUUCGUCAACACCCAGUACAAUGAACUCAGAUUUAAAACAUUCGAAUUCACUUGUUAACUUCAUUUCAGAUAUUAAAAAGCCAUUAAAUUGGACUGAUGACUACCUGAUUACACUUCCACAUAGAAAGGAUUUCAUAAACAUUCCAGUAGCUGACACACACUACAAAAUGAGCUACACAGGCUAUUCAAAUGCUGCCAAUGACAAGAGAAGUGAUAACAAUGGACAUGUAAUUAAUAAACAUUCGUCUUAA